AUGUCUUCAGUGCACUGUGUGGUGGUGUGGGAGUGGCAGUGCAACGGGCAGUGGUUACCGCACACACCGGGAGUUACACGAACAUUGGAGAGAGCGCAUGCAAAAAAGUUAACUAGAGUUGUUCUGGCUGAUGCAGAUCCAGCUCUCAAAGGGCAUUAUGUUAAUUUGAGGACUCUUACACAGUGUACUGAUACACCAGAUGGUGGUAGUGCAGAGUGUGGGGUUCGUCGCUCUUGCUACAGCGUACAAUCGCCAGCUGGACGUGGUGCGCGAUGGGAGUGGGCACGUUUUGUAUCCCCACCACUAGGGGGAGAAUUAAAUUAUGAGCCUUUGGCUAUGGAGAUUCAAUGCGUCCUGGAAGAGUCUUGGUCAGCGGGCGGCGACACGGUGACGUUCGACGGUUGGAUCGCGUCAGUAGGUCGCAUGACAGCGCGCGCUCCCAGCACCAAUGCGCUGGCGCUGCUGCGGCGAGCGCCGCACCCUCCCUACCCACUCACGCGUACCGAGCAACGUGCUCCACCCGCCCCGCACGCACCGCACCCCUCGCACCCCCCACCUCCUCCUGAACGGGCACCACUCGAUGGUCGUCGCCCGCGUAUCCCUCAACAGCACACAGGCUCCAGCGUGCACUCGGUGCAGUCGUCGCAGUCGGCGCCGUGCGGCCACAGCGGCGCCCGCAGCGCCUCGCCGCGGGAGCGCAAGCCUGGCUUCCGACAAAUACUACAUAACUUGAACAUAUUCAGUCAUAACAACAAACAGGGUGUGCAACAUGAAGUUAAACACAAGGAGGAAGUGCAGGAGGAACCGCGGACAGACACAGAGUGUAGCAGCACUCGGUCGGGCAGAAGACACAGUGUCGACACUGUGUCCACUUAUCUCAGCCACGAGAGCAAGGAGAGCUUACAGCAAGCCGCAGUGGGUGAGCUGCUCAACUGCAGUGCGAGCAGUGACGAUGUGUUCGACAGUACACCUCCACCACUGUCUCCGAACACAAUCCAUGCUGAUAUGUCGUCUUCCGACGGAAGUAUUGUCGGUGUAGACGAGGCGUCGUCGCAGGUGUGCGUGUGGGUGCGGUCGGCGCCGUGCCCGCAGUGGGGCGCGCUGUGCCCGGCCUGCCUGCUGCCGCUCGGCGCCGCCGCCAACGCGCCGCCCGCCCCCGCCGCACCACCCGCGCCCCCCGCGCCCCCCGCCGUCUCGCUCGUGGGCUGUCAGCACAUGCUGCAUCUGCACUGCCUCAACAGACAGCUCGAGAAUUUACGAGCUAAUCAAGAACCGCUGUAUAUCGAGUGUCUAGUGUGCGGGCGCGUGUACGGCGGUGGGCCGGGAGGGGCGGGCAGCGGCGGGCCGGGCGGCGCCCCGUGCGGCAGGCCGAGCGCCGGGCUGGGGGCCGGCGUGCCGGGCGGCGAGCAGCCCGCCGGCUCCAUGGCCUGGGCGUUACAACCGCAGGCCUUGCCGCAACACCCACACUGCACCGGUUCUAUACUCGUCACUUACAACUUUCAAUCGGGUCGUCAAGGUCCCCAACAUCCAGUGCCGGGCGCGCCGUAUUACGCAGUGGGUUUUCCAAGACAUAGUCUUCUACCUGAUACUGCGCUCGGACGACAGGUGCUGGAGGCGCUGCGCGCGGCGUGGGAGGCGGGCGCGCUGUUCGCGGUGAGCGCGUCGCGCACGACGGGGCGCGAGCACGUGGUGGCGUGGCGCGUGGUGCCGCCGCCCGCCGCGCCGCGCCACUACGCGCCCCCCGCCGACGCGCACGCGCUGCUGCGCGCCGCACGAGCGCGCCUGCUGCGCCUCGCACACCCCUGA